ACCCAGCGAUGAUGAUAAUAAAAGUGUAAUAAAAGGAAGUCCAUCCCCAUUUCUUCUUCAUCGUGACAAACAAAAAAAUAAAAUAAAACAAACAGACGCACUUCGCAGCAGAGCAAGACAUAAAAAAAAAAAAAAAAACAAAGAAGAAGAAGAACUCUAGUUUUUUAAUUAGAUUCGUCAAAUUGAAGCAGAAGAAGACGAAGAAGAACGCAGGAAAGACUAUUUUUUUUCUUUUUCUGCUUCCCUGAUUUCUCGAUUUCGAUUAAUAACGAUGUCGAGUUCUGCCGAGUGUUGGGACUUCUCUGGUCGUAAACCAAGUUUUUCACAGACUUGUAGUCGAUUGAGUCGUUAUCUUAAGGAGAAGGGUAGUUUUGGAGAUCUCACCUUAGGCAUGACAUGCAAGCCCGACCUCAAUGGAGGAGGAGGUUUUGCUGCGUCACGUCAGCCUACGAUGAUGAAUCUGUUCCCUUGUGAAGCUUCUGGAAUAGAUUCUUUGGCUGGUCAAGACAUUAAACCCAAGGAUAUGUUUCCGAGACAAUCAAGCUUUUCUUCUUCCUCUUCCUCUGGGACCAAAGAAGAAGUUCAGAUGAUCACUGAGACUAAAUCUGAGAAGCUGGAGUCUCAAUCUGCUCCAUUGACUAUAUUCUACGGUGGUCGAGUUAUGGUGUUUGAUGAUUUUUCUGCUCACAGAGCCAAAGAAGUCAUUGAUUUGGCUAACAUAGGAAAUGCCAAAAGCUUCACGCAUGAAGUGAACCAGAAGAUUGCUUAUACUCAGAACUUUGCCAAGAAUCAAACAGAGAUUGCUUCUAGCACCAAUCUAGCUGCGAGUCCUACAAAAACUGCAGCACCACUAGAGCCUAUCCAGCCCAACCCGUCCUCUUUAGCCUGCGAACUCCCCAUUGUUAGAAGAGCUUCGCUUCAUCGAUUCCUAGAGAAGAGGAAGGAUAGGAUUACAUCAAAAGCACCAUACCAGAUAGAUGGGUCAGCUGAAGCGUCUUCCAAGCCUAACCCAGCUUGGCUCGGUUCGCGGUAAUCUUUGAGACUAUCCAACCCAAAACCCUUACUUGGAGAUACCAUCUCGUAAGAUUCUUUUGAUGGUCCAUUGUUGCAAAUUACCAACCUGCUCGUCUGUUCAUUUUUUGUCUUCUAUAAAUCAGUUUCAUCUCUACUAGUUUUGUUUGUUCAAUGCGCAGAAAACUCAGUAUAUUUGUAAGAAAGCAAUCUUUAUAGCGUUUAAUGUUUUAUUUGCUUGUGGUGCUCAAGUUCAAGUUUUAAGCCAUUGUCCUCUGCCGAUCUCAACAUUAGCUUGUAACUUUUGUAAGAAACAUCAGUUAUGUUUUUUUUUUUUGUGUUGACGGUUGUAAUAUCAUCUUUGAUUAAUCUAAUUGUUCUGUUUUCCCUUA